UCGUAGUGUAGUUAUUAGUUAGUCACUGUAUAUGUUUCUCUUGGGUAUUUACAAUUUACUAUAAACGUGUUUUAUGGAAGAUUACAUAGCGUUUACAGUGUUAGAGUGUGUAUUGAUUGAUAUGUCCGCUAGGGUGCGUUGAUCAUCACCAGUGCUGUAGCUGUAACAUCGUAGAAGAAGAAGAACGAGGAAAAACAUUAAAACGUCAUGGCCGCCACCUCGCAACACGCUGAUCUUCCUACAAUAUCACAAAUGGGGACAACGAACCCUCAAAAAGGCGGCAGGGAUGCAGGAAGUUCCGAUUUCGAACCGGGAAGUUUGAAUUCGGGAGAAGACGAAUGUGACGAGACUGAGCCAAAGAUUCUGGACACCCCCCAGGACAUCCGGCUGGAGGCGAUCGCCAACACGGUGGCCGUCCACCCAGGCAGAGACAUGUUGGUCUGCGGGGAUGUAGACGGCGACUUGUACGCCUUCUCCUACUCGUGCACGGAGGGGCAAAACCGGGAGUUGUGGUCCUCCGGACACCAUCUGAAGUCCUGCCGCCAGGUGCGCUUCUCCGAAGACGGCCUGAAUCUCUUCAGCGUCUCCAAGGACAAGGCUGUUCACAUGCUGGACGUGGAGCGAGGUCAGCUGGUCACGAGAAUCCGUGGCGCGCACGGAGCUCCCAUCAACAGUCUGCUUUUGGUGAACAACAACAUUCUGGCCACUGGAGACGACGGAGGCACUUUGAAGGUGUGGGACAUGAGGAAAGGCUCGGCCAUCAUGGAUGUGAAACAUCACGAAGACUACAUCGCUGACAUUGCCGUGGACCAGGCCAAGAGAAUCCUGCUCACUGCGAGUGGUGAUGGAACCAUGGGCGUCUUCAACAUCAAGAGGCGGCGCUUCGAGUUGCUGUCCGAGUACCAGAGUGGCGAUCUGACGUCGGUGGCGCUGAUGAAGCGAGGCAAGAAGGUAGUUUGCGGUUCCAGCGAAGGCACCAUCUACAUCUUCAACUGGAACGGCUUCGGCGCCACCAGUGAUCGCUUCGACAUCAAGGCAGAGUCGGUGGACUGCAUUGUCCCUGUCAGUGACAGCAUCAUGUGCGCCGCCUCCAUGGACGGCUACAUCAGAGCCAUCAACCUCCUCCCCAACCGCGUAAUCGGCUGCAUCGGGCAGCACGUGGGCGAACCCAUUGAAGAGCUUGCCACCAGCUGGGACUCGCGCUUCCUGCUCAGCUGCGCCCAUGACCAACUCAUCAAGUUCUGGCACAUUUCCACAUUAGCCAAGACCACCGUCAACGAGUAUCGCAAGAGGAAGAAGAAAGAUGGACGCAUGAAAUCUCUUUCCAAAAAGGCUCUCGGAGACGACAACUUCUUCUCGGGACUUGUAGAGGAGCCGCAGAAAAACCACAAUGAAGAAGACGCGCAGGACGAGGAGGACGACAGCGACAGCGGCAGCGAUUAAAAGACAAUUUUAUGUAUGCUUUCUAGUUUGUAUUAAUGCUCGUGGAAUA